AUCAACGAGAAUGAAGGGUUAUUCUUCUCCAGCAUUCCUCUCUCUCUUUCUUCUCCUCCUACUCUCGUCGCUCUCCUCCGUCGUCGCUUUGCUCCGCGCUCCGCCGAGGCUGCCCUCGUUGUAUGCUGAGAAGCUUAUCCGACAGCUCAACUUGUUCCCCGAUGAACCGGUGAACAUUGCCGCCAAUGCCGGUCGUUUUCUCGAUGCUCCGAGGCUCGUUGAGAGGCGAUUCAAGUUCCCCAACUUGGUCGGUUCUACUGACGCUUCGGUUAGAGAGUUAGGUCAUCAUGCCGGUUACUAUCAGAUUCCGCGUUCUCAUGCUGCCAGGAUGUUCUACUUUUUCUUCGAAUCACGCCAUAGCACACAAGACCCUGUUGUCAUCUGGUUGACUGGUGGUCCAGGUUGUAGCAGUGAGAUGGCUCUUUUCUAUGAAAAUGGACCAUUCACUAUUGCUAAUAAUUUGUCUCUUGUGUGGAAUGAGUAUGGCUGGGACAAGGUUUCAAAUAUAUUGUAUGUCGACCAGCCUAUUGGAACUGGCUUUAGCUUCAGUUCUGACAGACGUGACAUUCGCCACAACGAAAAGGGUGUCAGUGAUGAUUUGUUUGACUUUCUGCAGGCUUUCUUUAAGGAGCAUCCUCAUCUGGCCAAAAAUGAUUUUUACAUUACUGGAGAGUCAUAUGCUGGGCACUAUAUUCCUGCUCUUGCUGCUCGGGUUCACCAGGGAAACAAAGCAAAAGAGGGAAUUCAUGUAAAUCUGAAGGGGUUCGCCAUUGGAAAUGGACUCACUGAUCCAGCAAUUCAAUACGGUGCAUACGCUGAUUAUGCAAUGGAUAUGGGCAUAAUCACGCAGACUGAGCAUGAUCGGAUUAACAAAGCGCUUCCGCUAUGUGAAUCAGCAGUAAAACUUUGUGGCACUGAUGGGACAAUCUCUUGCAUGGCUGCCUACUUUGUUUGCAAUACGAUAUUCAGUGCUAUUAUCGCACGCGCUGGUGAUGUGAAUUAUUAUGAUAUUAGGAAGAAGUGUGAAGGCAAUCUGUGCUAUGACUUCUCCAACUUGGAGAAAUUCCUCAACCAGCAGCCUGUCAGGGAUGCACUUGGAGUCGGGGAUGUGCAAUUUGUCUCCUGCAGUUCGACUGUUUACCAGGCCAUGCUGAUGGAUUGGAUGAGAAAUCUUGAAGUUGGUAUUCCUGCUCUUCUUGAGGAUGGGGUAAAGCUGUUGGUGUAUGCUGGAGAAUACGACUUAAUUUGCAACUGGCUCGGUAACUCAAGAUGGGUUCACGCGAUGGAAUGGAGUGGUCAGAAAGAGUUCAUAGCAGCUUCUGAAGUUCCUUUCGAAGUUGAUGGCUCAGAAGCAGGAGUUUUGACGAGCCAUGGACCUCUCAGUUUCCUAAAGGUGCAUGAUGCUGGGCAUAUGGUUCCGAUGGAUCAGCCUAAAGCCUCACUUGAGAUGCUGAAGAGGUGGAUGCACAGCUCACUCUCACGACAGGCUGUGGAUCCGGAAGCCCUUGUUUCUUCAAUGUAAUUUCCUGAGCUUCAUGCCCUUGCGCUGCAAAUGUAUGUAAAUAAGAAAUAACUAGCAAAUGCAUUGCGGCAUCUGGGGAUUGAAUGUAUGCUCGUUGGUCCUGAUGUAUAAUUUGAAACAUGGGCGAGGUCAUGAGGCUUGCCCCUUAUGUUCUACUAAUACAAACAUCAGUUGCAGCGAGCAGCUUGUAUUCAUUUUAUGGCAGUAGUGAGCAGCUUAGUAUUUUUAUUGUGGAUCGAGUGAAACCGGGGAUUGAAUUUGUGGGUUUGUGUUCAA